UUGGGGUGUGGAUGUAUCGGGAGAGCAGGGGACGAGACGACUGGGGCGGGCCUCGGUCCGGGCCGCUGCCCAUCCAGAGGCACAGGGAGCAGCUGGUCCAAGCGGUUCGGGAGCAUCCGUUCCUCAUAGUGACCGGAGAGACGGGCAGUGGGAAAACCACGCAGUUCCCGCAGUAUCUGCACCGGGCAGGACUAGGACAGCAUGGGGUGAUCGGGGUGACGCAGCCCCGACGAGUUGCCGCCAUUUCGGUGGCCCUGCGAGUGGCCGAGGAGAUGGGCGGCGACCUGGGCAGGACGGUGGGCUACCAGGUGCGCUUCGAUGACUGCACCUGUGAGGACACUGUGAUCAAGUACAUGACUGACGGCUGCCUGCUACGGGAGAUUCUGCAGGACCCUGGUCUGAACAAAUACAGCGUGGUCAUUCUGGAUGAAGCCCACGAGAGGAGCCUCAGCACUGACAUUCUGUUUGGCCUGCUGAAGUCCCUGUCGGCCCAGGGCACAUCGCCACCCGUACGCAAGGCUCCCCUGAAGGUCGUUGUGAUGUCAGCCACACUGGAGACAGAGAAGCUGUCAGAAUUCCUGCAUGGUUGUCCUGUGUACCAUGUGUCAGGCAGGGCUUAUCCUGUCAAGGAACUAUUCUGCAACCUGAUUGGACCGAAGGAUAAGCAUGGCACGGGACUUGUUAAAGAGGUUGUAAGUGUCACUUUGGAUAUACACAUGAAUGAGUCAGAAGGAGACAUCCUGGUGUUUUUGACAGGACAGUCUGAGAUUGAACGGGCAUGUGACUUGCUUUUCCAGAAAGGAGAAUCGAUUGAUUACCAAUAUGAUGUGAGAGAUGGAUCAGUGGAGGGGCUGCUCAUCCUGCCCCUCUAUGGCUGUAUGUCAACAGAUCAACAAAAAAAGGUUUUCCUUCCUGCAGCACCUCGCAUCAGGAAAUGCAUUGUUGCUACAAAUAUAGCAGCCACUUCUUUGACUAUCGACGGAAUACGGUAUGUUGUAGAUUGUGGCUUCGUGAAGCAGUUGAAUCACAAUCCCCUUGUUGGACUCGACACUCUGGAGGUUGUUCCCAUUUCAAAGAGUGAGGCCAUGCAGCGGACUGGUCGAGCUGGGAGGACGUCUGCUGGAAAGUGUUAUAGGAUCUACAGCAAAGAAUUCUGGGAAAAGUGCAUGCCAGAUCACAUGGUCCCAGAGAUCCAGAGAGUUAGUCUAACGUCGGUGGUCCUCACUCUCAAGUGUCUGGGUGUCAACAAUGUCAUUGGGUUCUCAUACCUUGACAGGCCGGAGGAGAGACACAUCCUGGAGGCACUGAAACAGCUUUACCAGAAUGAUGCCAUUGACAGGGCAGGUUGUGUGACCAAGCUCGGGCGGCUGAUGGUGGAAUUUCCUCUCCCACCACCUAUGACACGGGCUCUAAUUAAAGCAGCUGCACUGGAUUGUGAGUGCCUUUUGCUUCCAGUGGCUGCGAUGCUGUCUGUGGAAAAUGUUUUCAUUCGACCAGGGAACCCAGACAAGCAGAAGGAAGCUGAGCUGAGGCACCAGCAGCUGGCUCAGGAGGCUGGCGGCAGCAAUGACUUCUUAACAUUACUCAACAUCUUCAAGACAUGCAAGGCAAGUGACUCCCCAUCUUCCUGGUGCCGAAAAUACUGGCUCCACUGGCGAGCGAUGAAGACUGCGUUUAGUGUGGAGACCCAACUCCAGGAGAUACUCAGGAAAAUGAAACAGAGAAAGGACUUUCCCUCAGAGACGUACAGUGGCUCCAAGAAUGAGCUGCUGAGGAGAUGUUUGUGUGUUGGAUAUUUCUCCAAUGUUGCCAGAAGGUCUGUCGGUAAAGCCUUUCACACGAUGGAUGGUCAUGGAUCAGUUGUCCACAUCCACCCUUCCUCUGUCCUGUUUGACCAGGAGAACCAACUUGAUUGGGUUAUUUUUCACGAUGUCAUGGUCACGUCCAAGAUCUACAUGCGGACUCUGUGCCCCAUUCGUUACGAGUGGGUGAAGGAUCUGCUGCCCAAGCUGCACGAAGUGGAUGUGUACCAGCUGAGCAGUGUGGCGAGGGAUGAGGGGCCCAGAGACGUGGGCCGACAGCAGCAGAGCAAAAGAACAUCAGAGGAAGCUCUGGAAGAAGUUCUGAGGAAGCUGGAAAAGAGGAACGAUGAGAAGUCCAUAUCAGAUGCUCGGGCUCGAUACCUUCAGCGCAAGCUGGACAAGGCACAGAACUAGGUGGGGCAGUGAGGCUGGAGCAAGGUUGUCACCGGACAGGCACCAUGACCCCAAUCCCGGACCGGGAGGCGCAUGGGGUGCAAGUUCAGACCCUUUUUCGGUCUUGGUAGAGGGGGGAUUACAUUUCCGCAGGGGCUAAAGGCAAAUCUCUUGAAGCAUUGUGGAAUUGAGAAUAUGAAUACUUUGCAAGUGGUGGUGUUGGAAUGUGGGGGAGCGACUAUCAGACACUGGCACAGGAUUUACCUGUCAGUCUGAGGAUCCAAUUAUCCCCCACCAACCUAUCUCAAGGACUAGUAUUUACAAUCAUAAUGUACAUUUGUCAAUUCAUCACACUGUGAUUAUACUGCUGUCGCUGUGUCAGGGAGUACACAUGACAUAGAGGGGUUAUGGUCUGGGUGCAGGUGAGUGGGACUAGGCAGAUGAAUAGUUUGGCAUGGACUAGAUGGGCCAAAGGGCCUGUUUCUGUGACUCGGUUACUUCAGCAAAUAUUGACAGACCACACGCAAAUAUUCUAGCCCUUUUAUCGAGAAAUAUGAGCUGAAUCUUAAAUCCUUUUCCGCAGAUGAAAACCAUCUUAAAGCUCCAGAACUUACAAAUUAAUAAUAUUGGAUGUUGUUACCUAAAGGCCCCAUUGUUAUGGCUCAUGAAAUGUGACCCUGUUACCAUCUGAAUACUUUAACCAGGUUAGAGAAACACUGCACAGAGGUACUUCACAUCUGACUUACCUUUACUGUUGGUUUCAUGGUUUGGUGAUCGGAACUACAUGUUCGAUGGUGCACCGUCCUGUCGGACUCCAGGGAAGUGGGAGAAAGAGGAUUGAUGAAAUACGGAGCCAUUCAGAGUGGUGUAUGAAUAGAUGCUGUGUUAAGUGAAUCACUUUUGUCUGAUUUAUUUGUAUAACUUUUUAUAAAUUAUGAAAAAAUAUACUUUAAGGUAACUUUUGUAAUGUUUUAUUUUUAAUAAAAUGAGAUGCAAC